AUGCUGACAUUGGCAGUUAUCCAUAACGGCAGCAUAACGGCAGUAACUGGAAAAGUUCUACCAUCAAGUUCUACCAUCACUGGGAAAGUUCUACAAUCAGGUUCUAUCAUCACUGGAAAAGUUCUACCAUCAAGUUCUAUCAUCACUGGGAAAGUUCUACCAUCAAGUUCCAGCAUUACUGGAAAAGUUCUACCAUCAAGUUCUAUCAUCACUGGAAAAGUUCUACAAUCAGGUUCUAUCAUCACUGGAAAAGUUCUACCAUCAAGUUCUAUCAUCACUGGGAAAGUUCUACCAUCAAGUUCCAGCAUUACUGGAAAAGUUCUACCAUCAAGUUCUAUCAUCAUUGGGAAAGUUCUACCAUCAAGUUCUAUCAUCACUGGGAAAGUUCUACCAUCAAGUUCCAGCAUUACUGGAAAAGUUCUACCAUCAAGUUCCAGCAUUACUGGAAAAGUUCUACCAUCAAGUUCUAUCAUCACUGGAAAAGUUCUACCAUCAAGUUCUAUCAUCACUGGAAAAGUUCUACCAUCAAGUUCUAUCAUCACUGGGAAAGUUCUACCAUCAAGUUCUAUCAUCACUGGGAAAGUUCUACCAUCAAGUUCUAUCAUCACUGGAAAAGUUCUACCAUCAAGUUCUAUCAUCACUGGAAAAGUUCUACCAUCCAGUUCCAGCAUUACUGGACAAGUUCUACAAUCAGGUUCUAUCAUCACUGGAAAAGUUCUACCAUCGCUAGUGAUAAUAUAA